GUCGACGCCAUUUCGUGUCCACUGGUUUCAAGGUGAUACUAUCAGCCUGCAGAGCCGUAAACGGAUCUUUACCUACUCAAGUAAAAACAGCGUUGAAUUUUACUAAUUUUUAGUAUUAAACUCCUGUUUUUGAAGCCUCUUUUUUGAACAGCGGCAAAUCAAAAAAGAUACCUGCUCUUGAUAAUAACAAUGAUGUCAUCAUUAUCACCCCCGAUAAGUCAGACAGGCAGGCAGACCUCCAGCAGCCCGAGUACAGACAUGAUGGACCCGAUGGCCAGUAGCAAUGUGACGAACAAGACUGACCCUCGCUCCCUGAACUCCCGCGUCUUCAUCGGCAACCUCAACACGCUGCUGGUCACCAAGGCCGACGUGGAGGCCAUCUUCUCCAAGUACGGCAAGGUGGUGGGCUGCUCCAUCCACAAGGGCUACGCCUUCGUCCAGUACGCCAAUGAGAGGAACGCACGCAACGCCGUGGUCAGCGAGGACGGCCGCAUGAUCGUGGGACAGGUGCUAGACAUCAACCUGGCCGGCGAGCCCAAACCCCACAGAUCGAAGACAGUGAAGCGCUCUGCAGGAGACAUGUACAGUUCCUCUGGAGAUUUGGACUAUGACUUUCAAAGAGAUUACUACGAUAGGAUGUACUCCUACCAGUCCCGGGUGCCUCCUCCUCCCCCUCCCCCCCUGUCCCGGGCCGUCAUCCCCUCAAAGCGUCCGAGGGUCAGUGUGAGCGGCGGAGGCAGCCGGCGAACCAAAACCAGCUUCUCCUCCUCCUCCAAGACCACCCAGAGGACCUCCCGCUCCGCGGUGAAGGUAGAUGAUCUGCAGACCAUCAAGAGAGAGUUGACACAGAUCAAACACAAGGUGGACUACCUGCUGGAGAGCCUAGAGCGCAUGGAGAAAGACCAGAGCAAGAAGUCAGGUGGGCCUCGGAGAUUUAAUGAGAUGAAGAACUGCAAACCAGAGCCGGGCGAGGUGUCACCGCUCAACUCCUCCAGCUCCAGCAAGAAAGGUGACAGCCUGAAGCGUGGCAUGAACGACUCAGAUGACGAUGGAGAUCUGCUGGACGAUGAAGAUGAGAUGAAAAACAGAGGGAGGGAUGAUGACGAUGAUGAGCCUGAGGAAGGAGAGGACGACGGAGAUAGUGCCGACGGAGACGAGUCCUAAACACCACACACGCACGCACGCGCACGCACACACACACACACACACACACACACACAUUGUGUACGAUUGUAUCUCCACUCCAUACUUGUACGCAGUGUUAAUUUGCCCAUAUCUGCUGAAUUGACUGGACAUUUACAGCAUAUACAGUGUAUUGUAGACUUCGCUUUCUCACACACACACACACACACACACACACACACACACACACGUAUAGUUUCUGGAUUUAGAUUUCAAGUUGGUCGUUCGAUUUUUCUUACCUAUUGAGUUUAUUUGACUUUUUUUAUAAAUAUUUAAAUGCAAACUGUAACUGAUUUGUUACAUUUAGGCAACAUCCAAGUUCAGAUGAGGAUAGGUGUCACAUUGUUUAACCUUGUAUUUUGAAUUCCAGUGUAAAAAAUGACAGAAAUUGUUUUUUUAGAUGACGUGACGUCCAAAACACAUAGCAAGAGCUAAAAUUAAAGCAAACCGGGAUUAAAAUGUUCUACGGUUUGAAUAUAAGUCAGGCUUGAUAUGAAAUACCAGAUAUGGUACUACAGUCAACGCUUGAAAAUGUAUAAAAUAUAUUCCUGAUCCAGUUGCUGUAUGUUUUCCUUUUAACCAGCAGGUGGCAGUGUAUCAAAACAACUGGCCACAUAAAAAGACCACAAGGACUUAUUUAUGUUCUCUCUCUGCUUGUAGGAUAACACCAUAAGCAUGUACAAAGCCUUGUAUCCAAAUGUGCAGAUGUUCAGACAAAUCCUCUGAAAAUAGUUUUGUUUGUUUGCGAGGUGUUGCGACCUUAACUGAUCUUGACUUGUGUAAUGCAGUGCUACUUCAUGUUAGUCUCUUUCUGUUGAAGUUUUAUUUUGUCAUUCAACUGCACUGGUAAAAGUGAAUAAACAUGUUUUCCAAGUUG